UCAAAGCAAAUAGUUAUUGUGACAACGAACAAUAUCGGAAUCAUAAGAACGGAGAACGCAAUGAACGGGAAAAACAAAUGUCUUGCGGUGUUAAUGAUAUUGGCCAUGAUAUCAACCUUGCAAUGCCUUCCCAUUGAGGUUGUCUACACCGGCGGCGAUAAUUGUGAUUGUCCGAAAUCAUUGAAUUAUUUGGUCAACAUUCCACCGCCACCGGAAACCAAAGAAAAUCCACGCUACGAACAUGGCUACAAAUUGGAAGUGCCACCACCGCCCAAGGGCAAAGUGACCUAUAGUUUUGACUUCACCGUCCAGGAACCGAUCAGACCUCUGCCGGUUGAGGAUGAAAAAUUGAAUUUAUAUGCCAAAGUUGAUCGCAUAACGGCCCACAAGAAAGAUUGCGUUGUGAGUGCCCCGAAGCGUUCACCCUCUUGCAGCUGCGGCGAAAAAUGCACCUGUUCUCGUUGCAGUUGUGGUUACUGAUCUGCAUUCUUCGUUCAUUUUCUUCUUCUUUGUGAUUAGCUCGAAUAGACUGGCAAGUCGCCGAAUUCCGUUGUCAAGGGAGAAUGAAAUCAAAAUAAAUUUCAAUAAACUUUGUC